AAUUUUUGUUUUAAAAUAAAAUUAAAUGAGGUGGUGAACCAAUGUGCAAUUUCCACAUGUGCAAGAUUAUUACAGGACUAAAACAGAAUGGAGUAUGGAUAUUCCUGUGAAAUGUUUGAACAUUUCACAUAUAAUAGCACAAGUGAAACAGCCAUUUUCAUUUGAUGAAUUCACAUAUUCACACAUCUGGUUUGUGAAUGUAAUAUAUUUAGCACAUAUGAAAUUCAUAUUUCCAAUGAAACAUUUGUGAAAACAUAUAUUUUUUACAUUCUUUUCAGGACAUAUUUAUUUAUCUAUUUUGUCUCAUGAAAUGGGCCCACAGAGAGCAAAAGCUCUAACAUAUGGCUCAAGGUUUAGGGAUAAUUAGUUCCUUCAUGGCACGUGAUUGUUUGGCCUCGGUUGCCAGGGCAACAGGAGAAAGGUGAAGUGCAGGAGCGGGGAAGACCCCGGGAAAAGUGACGUCACCAGACGGAACUCCCCUCUCCAUCACCACAACCAGCAUCAUCCAGGAGAUCCAGGAGGAGACCGCUGCUGCAGCCGAUGGAGGCUCCAGUGAGAGACAGCCAACAAACCGGACAUGGUGUCCUUUGUGAGCGGUGAAUGUGGCUCAGCACAGGUCCAGCAGCGGCAGACGGUCCGGCUCAGGAAGCAGACACUCAUGAACAAGUUGAGCGACUCCGGUUUCGAGGAAGACUUCUUGGGAUCCUCCCCGACUUCAUCCCCGGCUCCGGCUCCGGCUCGGAUAGAUGUGUCCCCGCUCCGUUCAGACGAGCCUCCUGCAGGACAGCAGCUGUCCAACUGGUUCCUCCAGUACGGAGACGUCGGUUUCCAGAUCCAGAUGGACAAAGAGGAGCAGUUCCACUCCUGCAAGAGCCUGGCACGACAGCCACAACUGACUGCAGAGGCCCGGUGUAAGCUCGUCAGCUGGCUCAUCCCCGUACACAAACACUUCCGUCUGUCCUUCGAGUGCUGCUGCCUGGCGGUGAACAUCAUGGACAGGUUCAUGGCCUCCACACCGGUGGCUGCUGACUGCUUCCAGCUGCUGGGUGUCACUGCACUCCUCCUAGCCAGCAAACAGGUGGAGGUGUGCUCGCCGCGGAUCAGCCAUCUCUUGUCACUGUGCUGCGAGGCCUUCACUAAGGAGCAGCUCUGCAACCUGGAGUGUCUCAUCCUCCUCCGUCUCAAUUUCCGCCUCGCUGCUCCCACCCUGGCCUUUUUCCUGGACUAUUACACCAACUGCGUCGAGGCUGCAGAGGUUGACACUGAGAACACAGGUGGUGGCAGGUUUGCAAGGUUGAAUCCAGACACAAAAAGAGCCGGGCAGCAGUGCAGCAACCUCGCACGAAAGGUGUGCGAGUUGAGUCUGGCAGACUAUGCUUUCAACAGAUACCCGCCGUCUCUGACUGCUCGCUGUGCACUGAGGAUAGCCAGUGAGCUACUGGAAACUGAACAUGGGCUUGUUGAGCAUGCAGAUGAACUAAGUACCCAACCAGCUGAGAGCCCUGAGCUCUCUGAGGCAGUAAAGGGCCACUUCCUGUCUGUGAGUCCAGGGAGCUACAACCACAAUCUGGCCCAGGAGUGCAAAGACAACCUGAAGCUGUUGGUGUCAUUAAACCAGGAGACAUUGGAAGGGAUGUCUGCCAUGUGACCUCAAGUGUGCCACCAUUCAGAUGUUAGCAAAAUGCCAAAUUCUCCUCCACUUUGGGGGUUUUAUUCAAGGGGUUAUUUAGAGUAAAAGUUCAGAAGUUAAGUCUGGUGUUUAUGCAAACCCAUCUACUAAACCUCAUGUACCUCAUAGACAAUCAGUUGAUUGAGCUGAAUGAAUGUUUUACAACAUAGUAGUUUAUUUAUUUUACUGAUGCUAUUGUUUAUCAAUGAAGUAUAUUAAUAUAUUCUGUUUAUUUACUGUGUAUGCACUGACUUGCUGCAAGUUUAUGAGAUAUGUUACUGUUUACCUCUUUAAAUGAAGGACCUGGAAAAAUGUACUGUAAUUAAUUGUUUUUAUUAUGAAAUAAAUGAUCAGUAAAUUAA